AUGAGAACGCUGGCUCGCCGUGGCCUGUCUUCUGGCGCGUGUUCUGCUGCCUUCGGUACGAGGGAGCUGAGAUCAGCGCUCCAACAUGCGCUGCUCACACCACACAAUGUGUACGUGGAUUUAGACGUGAGCGGUCGUCUCUGCGCGCGAGGUGGGCCGGCGGGAGCGGCGGUGUGCGCAAGCCUUGCUCCGGCCUCCCCCGCGGCGUCACUGCUGCUCUGUGCCAACACGCACUCUGUACCUCAGCAACUGGCAUCUGCUCCGGAAACGACAGAAGCUGGCUGCCUCCAACUGCGCCUACAAGCGGAGGCCGCGCCCCUACAAGAGCUGCAGAUUUGGUUCGACGACACAACUCUCGCUCUUCUAAAUAUGCCUUUCCUAUCGUUGAAGAACAUUCAAGGAAAGAAAAAUUACGUGUGCCACGACUGCGGCGUGGAAUUUGAGCAGCCAAAUCCGUUGAAGGUUCACCUGUUCAUGAAAUGUGGGGAGUAUUCACUGGGAGCCUUCUGGCAUACCUGCCUCGAAAUUCUAGAACGUGGUACAGCCCAACGGAGCUCGGCCUUCCGACCAUAUAACAUUUCGUCGGUACAGCAUUCCGUCAGCCCGAUACCACACUGGCCGCUUCUGCCUCUCCCAGCGAAUGACGCCGCGAGCGCCGCAGUGGAGGCUCUGGCAGCCGCGUGGGGCAAAUCGCGGGGCGGCCACACCUGCCUAUACUGCGGCAAGCUCUACUCGCGUAAAUACGGCCUCAAAAUUCACAUCCGAACGCACACAGGCUACAAGCCGCUCCGCUGUCGACAUUGCUUGCGCGCCUUCGGUGAUCCGUCCAACCUCAACAAGCACGUACGCCUGCACGCCGCUAGGACUCCGCACACGUCGCAAGACUCCGCGCCUCACGCGUGCCCGCGCUGCGGCAAGCCUCUCGCCCGCCGCAGAGACCUGGAGCGACACAUGCGAGCGCGACACUCGCAUUCACCUCACACAAAUACAGCCUCGCCUGACCACUCGUCUUGAUU